AUGGACAAUAAAAGACUGUAUAACGGUAACUUAUCCAACAUCCCGGAGGUCAUAGAUCCUGGGAUCACCAUUCCAAUUUACGAGGAGGACAUUAGAAAUGACAAGCCCCUGAAUGCAAGUGCUCGUUCUGCGGGCGUUUCUGACAAGAGAAACCGUUCGAGCUCUGCUUCUCCACAGAAGAUUGGUUCAUACCGUACCCGUGCAGGUAGAUUUUCUGAUACUAUAACCAAUCUGCUACCAUCCAUUAGUGCGAAAUUGCAUCAUUCAAAGAAGACUGCUCCCGCGGUUGUCGUUCCUCCUGCUACUAGCACUCCGGAUAGUUUGAAUUCUGCGACGUAUGUUCCGAGAGUAUCUAGUGACUCCUUUACGGCAGUCACUCCACUGUCAUUGCAAUCUACUGCUACUCAAACGAGGACAAGAAAUAACACUGCGUCCUCUCAGUUGACCAUCAACUCUUCCUCAACCAACGGCGCCACGAAUACAAAUAUUUGGAGUGCAGGUGUAGAUACUAACACAUCCGCUAGCCCUAUGUUUGAUUACCCUCACGCAACCUCUUAUUUUGAGCCACUGACAAGAUUCAAAUCCACCGAUAAUUAUACGUUGCCUCAGACAGCUCAAUUGAACAGUUUCCUGGAGAAAAAUGGAAAUUCAAGCAUAUGGUCAAACACAGGUAAUAAUACCACGGACCUUCUCAGUACACCCACAGUGAACAGGCAACGUUCACAAUCUCAGUCUACUAUAAAUAGGGUAUAUACCGAUGCACCCUACCAUCAACAACCUGCGCAAAGUUGCCAAGUCCAAGUGGCUCCUAUGAUUCCUAAAAGUGCGCAUCUAUCCCCCGUCAUCCUUGAUGAUGUUGAUCCAGCAUCGAUCAACUGGAUUACCGCAAACCAAAAUGUCCCAUUGAUCAAUCAAAUAUCCACGCUUUUGCCCACCAACACAAUAUCCAUUUCAAACGUGUUUCCAUUACAGCCUACUCAACAACAUCAACAAAACACCGUAAACCUCACAAGCACUUCUUUGGCAACUUUGUGUUCGCAGUAUGGUAACGUCCUCUCGGCGAGAACAUUGGGCGGCCUAAAUAUGGCUUUGGUCGAGUUUUCCACCGUUGAAAGUGCAAUAUGUGCCCUGGAAGCCCUGCAAGGAAAGGAACUAUCCAAAGUAGGUGCUCCAAGCACAGUCUCCUUCGCGCGGGUACUACCGAUGUAUGAACAACCUCCGAACGUUAGCGGUUACAACAAUACGGCAAAACAGCCGUUAUUGCAGGAACAGCUGAAUCACGGAGUGCUCAAUUAUCAACAGCAACAAUCGGAACCACAAAAUCAACCACAGCCAACUUCGUUUAAUCAACCAAAUCUUGCAUACACCAAUCCCACUCAAAAUUUGAGCCAUUUGCAGCUGUCUUCGACCGAAAAUGAACCUUACCCCUUUCCAUUGCCUCCACCAACAUUAUCAGAUAAUGAAGACAAAUUGUUGAAAAUCAUAACUUCUUUCAAGUUAGAUCAUGAUCAAUCAGAGUUGAAUCAUCUUCUGAAAAAUGCUUUGAAAGGCAAAGGAGUCUCUGAUACAAGUGAUUUCGGUCCACUUCCUGAGCACAACUCUAAGCUGUCAAAGAAAAAAGACUUUUUCGAUCCACCGAAAUUACGUGAAUUAAGGAAACAGUUUGACUCAAAUUCAUUAUCUACCAUAGAAAUCGAGCAGUUAGCCAUUGUCAUGCUAGAUCAACUACCUGAGUUGAGUUCAGAUUAUCUGGGUAAUACCGUUGUUCAAAAAUUAUUUGAAAAUUCAUCGAAUAUCAUAAGAGAUAUCAUGUUAAGAAAAUGUAACAAAUAUCUAACAUCUAUGGGUGUCCACAAGAACGGUACCUGGGUCUGUCAGAAGGUCAUCAAAAUGGCGAAAACGCCAAGGCAAAUAAGCCUGGUGACUUUGGGCGUUAGAGAUUACUGUACGCCACUUUUCAAUGAUCAAUUUGGAAAUUACGUCAUUCAAGGCAUUCUAAAGUUUGGCUUCCCCUGGAAUAGUUUUAUUUUUGAAAAUGUUUUAUCCCAUUUUUGGACAAUAGUCCAAAACAGAUACGGUUCGCGUGCUGUAAGGGCUUGCCUCGAGGCAGAUAAUACCAUUACUCAGAGUCAAUUAUUGACGAUCAGUUCUUUGAUAAUUGUACUCUCCCCCUACCUAGCCACAGACAAUAACGGAACUUUAUUGAUCACCUGGCUGUUGGAUACCUGUGCCUUACCGAAUAAAGUUUUGAUUCUGUGCGAUGAACUGGUAAAUAAUAAUCUGGUUAAACUGUGUUGUCAUAAAUUAGGUUCAUUAACAAUCUUAAAGAUUUUGAAUUUAAGAAGUGGCGAAGAGGAAUUAUUAUCUAAGAGUAAGAUUAUCCACGCACUUUUUGAUGGGCCAGUGUCUAGUGAGUCUAUCCUAUUUCAAAUAUUGGAUGAAGGCAACUACGGUCCAACAUUCAUUUAUAAAGUGUUGACCUCAAGAAUUCUUGACAAUAACGUAAGAGAUGACGUUAUAACCAAGAUUCGUCAGCUGAUUUUAAACUCUACUAUCAAUCUACAAAGCCGCCAACUAUUGGAAGAAAUUGGACUAUCAUCAUCAGGAAUAUCUCCCAAACAAUCCUCUAAAAAUCAUCGUAAACAACACUCCCAGGGAUUUCAUUCUCCCGGGCGUGCAAGGGGUGUUUCCGUUUCCAGUGUGAGAAGUUCAAACUCGAGACAGAAUAGCAUUAUUCAAACCAAUAGCACCGGUCCAACGCCAAAAUUGAACUUUAACCCAGUUCCGAUGAGUGAAAUAAACUCGUAUUUCAAUAACCAACAACUGAUGUUUUCCGCAAAUCAAAAUCAAAAUCAAAAUAGCAACUUUAAUGGGUACGAUGAGUUGAAAUCGCAAUUUGAUUCAUUUAAAAUUGCUAAUGGCACGAAUCUGUCUUUACCGAUAAUUAACCUGCCAAAUGGUACACUCCAAUCAAAUGUAAACAGUAAUGGUAAUAACAAUAACAAUUCCGGUUAUUCAAUGCAAAUGAAUCCCUUAAGCCGCUCCGGGAGCUAUAAUACUAAUAAUGCUACUGGUAGCAAUAAUAAUAAUAAUAAUAAUAAUAAUAAUAAUAAUAAUAAUAAUAAUUAUAAUAAUAAUUCUUCUGCCAACAAUAAUAAUAUGAACAGUAAUAAUGACACCAAUCUGUCCAGAUACAGGUCUUACGGAUACUAA